GAUGGAUCUGACCGCGAGUUUUUUCGUUUUUGUGGCCGGCCGGCCGUCGCAUCGAAAACUCGCAAAGCAGAGGGGCGAAAAGGGGAAAACGCCCCACACUCGGAGCAGUCACACCACCACCACCACCACCACCACCCUUCUUCCUCCGCCCGCGACAACUCAAGACAAGAUCGAGGCACCAGGCAGGCGGCCUCCAUCUCCAUCUCCGUCUCCAUUGUGUUGUUGUCUGUACCCGGAGCGCAGGAGCGCGGGCAGCCGAAUCGACGGGGAGGUCCGCGUUCCGCGGUCCAAGUCAGGCCAAAGCUUGGAUUCCUGAAUCUGAUGGCAGCAGUCUCUUCGAGAUUGUAAUUCAGCGAGCAUUGUUCAGCUGAAACCAUGAAAUCAGACAUGAGUUCUCUGAAGAAAUCCGACAAGAAAGCUGCGCUGGAUUUCGCGGCGUGGAGUUUCAAUGUCACUACAUCUGUUGGAAUCAUCAUGGUCAACAAAGCUUUGAUGGCUACACAUGGGUUCAGUUUUGCAACAACAUUAACCGGGCUUCAUUUUGCGACUACCACCUUGAUGACCAUCGUAUUUCGGUGGUUAGGCCUGAGCCAGCCCUCCCAGUUACCAGUAGCAGAUCUAAUUAAAUUUGUGAUAUUUUCAAACUUGUCAAUCGUUGGGAUGAAUGUGAGCUUGAUGUGGAACUCUGUGGGCUUUUAUCAGAUAGCAAAGCUGUGCAUGAUACCUGCAUCAUGUCUUCUGGAGGUUGUCUUUGAUCAUGUACACUAUUCUCGGGACACAAAGCUGAGCAUAAUGGUUGUGCUUACAGGAGUGGCAGUCUGCACUGUUACUGAUGUCAGUGUGAAUGCAAGAGGUCUAAUUGCAGCUGUUAUAGCUGUUUGGAGCACAGCUUUGCAACAAUAUUAUGUUCAUUUCCUCCAACGCAAGUACUCUCUGAACUCGUUCAACCUGCUGGGACACACAGCUCCUGCCCAAGCAGGGUCCCUCCUGCUGGCAGGGCCAUUUGUAGAUUACUUGUUGACCGGGCAAAGAGUGGAUCACUUCAGUUUUUCAUCUCUUGCUCUGUUUUUCCUCACACUAUCAUGCUUCAUCGCCAUUGGGGUCAAUCUGAGCCAAUUCAUCUGCAUCGGGCGGUUUUCUGCUGUAUCCUUCCAAGUCCUGGGCCACAUGAAGACCGUGCUUGUUCUGUCCCUUGGGUUUCUCUUCUUUGGCAAGGAAGGCCUGAAUCUUCAGGUCGUCAUUGGGAUGGUCCUCGCUGUUCUUGGAAUGAUAUGGUAUGGAAACGCAUCUGCUAAACCAGGUGGCAAAGAGCGGCGCAGCGUGCUGCCGGUGAGGUCCGCGAGCCUCAAGGGAAGUUCAGAAGAAAAGGACGGUGCGGAGAAAUAAUCUUGCUAAUCUCACUGUGACUGAGAUGAGAAACUAAAUUUCUGGUGACGGACAAAAGUGGAAUUGCCGCAGCAGCUGAACUCUUCCCGUUUAGAAACAUAGCAUUGUUACAGUUACAGGUAUACCGGUGUGACUACAUUUUUUGGCUCUCUGAAUCUGAAAUAUUUGUAGCGAGGGGGAUGACAGAUGUUACAAGAUUUGAAGACUGUUUUUUUUAUCAAAUACAUACUGUAAUUGUUUAAUCGCAUAGUGCAAUUGUUUGCAAAACAUUUACGUGUUUGCUGC